GAGAAGGAGGAGCUGAGAGGAAAAGAAGAUGAUAAAAUUUCUCGUGGCAGUAACAGCUGCCAGCAGCGUGUGAAGCCCAAGGACACACGGAUGGGAAACGCCUCUGCAGACAGGACAGGGCCCAUCCGUGCUCUGGAGCACUCACGGGUGCACUGGGACACCCGGCUCCAGACCUGCAAGGACCACAAUGAGAGCGGGUUCUGUGCCUUCGGGCAGCUGCGAAUUCCGCACGAGCGCUGGGACUGCAAACACGGCUGGCAGAUCCCAUGGGAGCCGCACCAGGGCCGCGACGGCGCCAACGACGAUGGAAACGACGAGGUGAGCAGCCAGGAGGGGGACCUGCCCUUCAAAUGCUUCAUCUGCAGGGGUUCCUUCAAGAACCUCGUGGUCACCAAGUGUUGGCGCUGCUUCUGUGAGAGCUGUGCCCUCCAGCGCCGUCGCAAAUCCCAGCGCUGCCGCAUCUGCGACAAGCAAACCAACCUGUGUUCCUUCAACCCCGCCAAAGAGCUCAUGGCAAAGUUGGAAAAACACAAAGAGGAGGAAGGAGAGGAGCAGCAGUCAGAGGAAGAAGAGGAGCAGCAGUCAGAGCACGAAGAGGAUCCGCAGCAGCGGAGCGCUGAGCCGGGCCAGGAGGAGGAUUUGUCAGCUCCAGUCCUGCCUGACAGGUUUGCUCUGCUGUCCCGCAUCGUUCCUGCGGCCGUGAACCCCCCCGGGCGCAGCGGGGCACGGCCGGAAGCGAUUGCGAUCGGCUGCAAAAGCGUCGGAGCAGCCCCGGGGCUCGCCCAGGGCAGCCCGACCCCCCCUGCCCCGGGUCUGUGA